AUGGACGAAACCAAGGCUAGGACCGCAAGACUUCAGAAGCUAUACCACUCUAUUGUGGAUGGUAAGGUCCAGAUGACACGAAAAAAUAACAUAUUGUUUCUAGAGGCCAUUUACACGUCCCCGGACGUCGCAAGCUGCAUCGAUAGAUUGAUACGGAGCCCCAAAGGUCUCAGCGUCUUGCAGGAAUCAAUGCGUAUGGACCUGACGGCGACGUUCUUCAACGGCGCCGCCACGUCUCUUCUCCGUUACGUCUCAUCGCCCCAGCUCGGGACAAUUGGCGGCGGCGUGUAUCUGCAACAGGUUGUGUUGUCGAUCACGGAGCCGCCGAUUUUCUGGUCCUCGUUCAGGGACGCGUUUGUGCUCGGGCAGCUGCACGACGACGCGCAGGUGUGUUUCUCCUGGCUGCUCCUCCAGCUCGUCCUUUUGCCCGGCCAGGCGUCUGCCCCGCACAGAGCCACUGCGCAGGACCCGACCCUCACGACUAUCAUGCUCAACUCGACCGUUCGCGACGUCAGAUCGCACGCGGAAGCCAUCAAGAACAUCGUCGCCACGUCCGAUACCGGAGCGGCCAACAGAGACCUCGAGGGUGGCCCCGGCGGUCGGCACGACAAUGAUUUUCAUGAUUUCCAUGAUAUUGCUAUCUUGCCGACGGCGGAUGAGCUGGCGUCCUCAAAGGAACCCUUCCUCCGCUCCUGCGACGCCCUCGAUGACCCCGAGACGGCUGACAAUAGGGUUGCGAUACAUCUGGACAAUCAGUUCCGAUUGCUGAGGGAGGACUUGUUGCACGAGCUGCGCGAGGAGCUGCAGGUCGCCCUCGGAAGCAAGAAAGGCAGCCAUCGCGGUCUUGUGCUGAACGACGUCGCUCUGGUCGGGCUAUACCGAGAGCCGCUCGAUUCGAAACGUUUGUACAAGUGGGGUGUGACCUUUAAGCUCUCCUCGGACCUGCCCUUUCUGAAAGGCGUGAAGGCCGAGAAGCGCAGGUCAGCUGUCGAAGAGGACAGGAAGACAUGGAAGAACCAGUCGUUGACCUGCUUGGUCAUCGAUGAAGAGAUUGUAGCCUUUCCCACCGUUCACAGGGAUGAGGACUUGCUGGCUCAAGAGCCUUCUAUUAUCGUGCUUCAGUUUCAGGGUUUGCAGAGUGUCAAGAAGGCGCUGCUGGGUGUUCGUACGGGGAGUCAGAUCAAGGUGUUGCAGAUAGAUACAGCCGUCUUCGCGUACGAGCCGGUGCUGCAGGCAUUGAAGGAGAUGACGACUCUGCCUAUGUCGCAGGAGCUGCUGUCUUUCGACGAGGAAAGCGCAAUCACUGUCGCGCCGGCCCCACCGCAUCAUAUUGUAAGCGCCAUCGAGAGUAGCCCUCUCCGUGAUCUUCAGAGUCUGCUUGGAACGAACAGUUCCAUCAAACUCGAUGAAGCGCAAUCUAGGUCGUUGCUUUCUGGUCUUACACAGAGUGUGUCGUUGAUUCAAGGUCCCCCAGGAACGGGGAAGUCUUUCAUUGGCGCUUUAUUGGCGAAGAUACUGCACGAUUGUACCCAGAAAACCAUCCUCGUCGUCUGUUUCACGAAUCACGCCCUCGAUCAAUUCCUGGAAGACCUUUUGAAGAUCGGUAUCCCUGAGGAGAGCAUGGUCCGACUCGGUGGCAAAUCUACCAGUCAGACGGAGUCCUUAUCCUUGAAUCGGCAACCCCGAUCAGCAGGGCGCAGCAAGAUGGAUUGGAGCGUCAUCAACACUUUGAAGUCUAGGGCUCGUGGAUUAUCUUUGUCGCUCACUAGCACGUUCAGUGCAUAUCAGCGCUUUUCUUCUGGGUACAUGUCCCUCAUGGAGCAUCUGGAAUUCGAGCAUCCGGAGUUCUUUGAAGCCUUCUGCGUUCCCGAGUCGCAAGACGGCACGAAGCAAGUUGGGCGGAAAGGGAAGGCCAUUGGACCCAACUAUCUCAUCGAGCGUUGGCUCCAGGGGAAAGACGCAGGGGUAUUGAAAUGGGCUUCGAACGUGAUCGAGACCGGCGACACCUGGAGACUGGCGUUGGAUGCGCGACAGACCCACUACGCUCGUUGGGUCCGAGAGAUGCUCGGCGAUGUAGUGGAACGUGUGGCUGACAUUGGCCAAGAGUAUAAUGACUGUCAGAACGAGAUCGAGCAGAAGUUCAAUGAUGGGACCACGGCAGUUAUCACAAGCAAGCGAAUCAUAGGCUGCACAACGACGGGCGCGGCUAUCCAUCGCCGAUCUAUCCGCGAGGCCAAACCUGAUGUCCUACUCGUAGAGGAAGCCGGAGAGAUUCUUGAAAGCCAUAUUCUGACUGCACUUGGACCGCAGACCAGACAAUUGAUCUUGAUCGGUGACCAUAAACAACUGCGUCCGAAAGUCAACAACUACACCCUCACAGUUGAGAAAGGAGACGGAUUCGACCUCAACCGCAGUUUGUUCGAGAGACUGGUCUUGAAAGGGUAUCCGCAUGAGACUCUAAAGGCUCAACAUCGCAUGCGGCCAGAGAUAUCGACGCUUGUGCGCGAGUUGACGUAUCCAGAUCUCGUCGAUGCGCCGAAAACCCAGGGACGACCGGACCUCCGUGGUGUGAGGGAUAACGUGGUCUUCAUAGACCAUGACCAUCCAGAGGGCGACUCCUCGGAAAUUGGAGAGGCGAAGGACGUUACCACGAAGGCCUCGAAGCACAAUGAAUUCGAAGUUCAGAUGGUUUUGAAGAUCGUCCGUUACCUAGCUCAGCAAGGAUACGGGACGGACAAGAUGGUCGUUCUAACGCCAUACCUGGGCCAGUUGCGAAGGCUUCAGUUGGCGUUGAAGAACGACGUGGACCCCGUCCUUAACGAUCUCGAUACAUACGAUCUCGUACGAGCUGGUUUGAUUAGUCCUGCAGCGGCAAAAUCUAUCAAAAAGCCACUGCGUAUUGCCACGAUAGGUGAAUUUUAUGACUAUGUUCCACAUCCGAUUUACCGACCUUAUGCCAUCUUCCCAGAUAACUACCAGGGCGAAGAGAGCGAUGUCGUCAUAGCUUCCUUGACUCGAAGCAACAGGCAGAACGACAUCGGGUUCAUGUUUUCACCAGAGAGGUUGACGGUCUUGCUGUCACGAGCGCGAGACGCCUUCAUCAUGAUUGGCAAUGCAAAGACGUUCUCGGCAAGUCGUAAAGGCGGCAAAAUAUGGUCACACUUGUUUGACAUGCUGAGGCAUGGUAGUCACAUGUACAGCGGCUUGCCUGCAAAGUGCGAAAGGCAUCCUGAUCGUCACGUCUUGCUCUGUCGCCCCGACGACUUCGAAAUGGAAUGUCCAGAAGGCGGGUGUCCCCAACCAUGCGGCGCUCCGCUUAGCUGCGGAAUUCACAGCUGCCCGAUGAAAUGUCACCAACUGUCGGACCAUGCCAAGAUGCAGUGCGAGUUUGUGUUCUCUGACAGGUGUCCGAAGGGCCAUCAACAGUCGUGGAAGUGUCAGGAAGGACAGCCGGUGUCUUGCAAGAAAUGUGACCGUGAUGAUAUGGCAGCGGAGAAGAGGCGACAGGAGGAGUACGAUCUGCAGCAGAAACGAGACGCCGAGCAGCAAGCGCACGCGGAGAAGCUGGCCGAAAUCGAGCGGAAGAUCGCGCUAGAAAGGGACACUAUACGUCAUGCACAAUUAGCGCAAGAGAGGGCGAAUGCCAUCCAGGAGAAACAAAAGGAACUCCGAGAGGCAUCGACUGUUGCAACCCAAGCAUCGUCCAUGAUUCAGAGCGUCAAAACAUCUCUGACGAACCUAGUUGACUCCUUGAGACCCGCCAUGAAGAGUGAAGCGAAGCCCAGUGACACACAGUCUCGUCACGAUCCCCAAAGGAAACCAGAAUCAUCUGAACCCAAGCAGCCUGCACCGGAAGACGAGUGGGAACAUCAAAAGGACCUCUUCGGUUCGGCGAACGAUGCGCUAGAUUCAAUGAUGCGGCUUACGGGCUUAAAAGAGGUGAAAGAACAGGUUUUACGGAUCAAAGACAAGGUCGAUUUAUCUCAACGGCAAAGCACGAGUCUCAGCAAAGAAAGGUUCAACGUCAGCAUGCUGGGUAAUCCCGGAACUGGUAAAACCACGGUCGCGAGGCUAUAUGGCCAGUUUCUUGCCUCAGCUCAAGUGAUACCGGGCAACAUGUUCAUCGAAACUACCGGGGCACGUCUCGCGAACGAUGGUGUGCAAGGGAUUCAGAAGCAGCUUGAAAGCAUUAUUAAUGCCGGAGGAGGAACUAUAUUCAUCGACGAAGCGUACCAGCUAACCAGCGAACAUAACUUCGAAGGAAAGAAGGUAUUGGAUUUUCUGCUGGCGGAGAUGGAAAAUCAAGUCGGGAAAGUGGUAUUCAUUUUUGCUGGCUAUAGCAAAGAAAUGGAGUCAUUCUUCGAGCACAACCCCGGCCUACCUAGUCGUGUUCCCUUCACUCUACACUUCAAGGACUAUGAGGACGCCGAUUUGAUGGACAUGCUGGAAAAAAUGAUACAUAGAAAGUGGAGCGGGAGAAUGAAAAUUGACGACGAAAGUGGAAUUCGAGGUCUUCUUGGUCGAAUCGCAGUGCGCCGUCUGGGACGGGGAAGAGGGACCAAGGGGUUCGGCAAUGCUAGAGCUCUCGAAAACAUGUGCGCGAAGAUGACGGAGCGACAGGCAAGCAGGGUGAGCAAGGCACGUCGACAGGGCAAAUCGGUGGACGAUUUCCUACUGGUUAAGGAAGACAUCAUUGGACCUCAGCCUUCCAAAGUGAUGGUCGAGAGUAAAUCAUGGGGACGACUGCAGUCCAUGAUUGGACUGAUAUCAGUGAAGGAUACCGUUCGCACUCUGUUCGCUAUGGUUCAGACUAACUAUCAGCGGGAAUUGCUGGAGAAAGAACCUGACCAAAUCUCCCUCAAUCGAGUCUUCCUCGGUUCUCCCGGGACUGGGAAGACAACGGUGGCUAAACUAUAUGGCCAAAUUCUGUGUGAGCUGGGUCUACUUUCAAAUGGAGAGGUUGUAGUGAAAAGUCCUGCAGACUUUAUCGGCAGCGCUCUUGGGCAGUCCGAGAAUCAGACGAAGUCCAUUCUUGCGGCAACUCUCGGAAAAGUUCUGGUGAUCGACGAGGCCUAUAUGCUCUACGGAGGGUCUGGGCAAAAGGGUGCAUCGGAUCAGUACAAAACAGCUGUCAUAGAUACUCUCGUGGCCGAAGUGCAAAGUGUUCCAGGAGAGGACCGUUGCGUGCUACUGUUGGGAUACAAGGAUCAGAUGGAAGAAAUGUUCCAGAACGUGAAUCCGGGCUUGGCUCGACGCUUCGCAAUAGAGAACGCCUUCCACUUUGAAGACUAUACGGACGGGGAGCUGAGACAGGCCCUUGAAAUGAAGUUGAAAGAUCAGGAUCGGACUGCCACAGACAAGGCCAAGGCCGUAGCUGUGGAAACGCUAAGUCGGCUGCGUAACCGCCCCAAUUUCGGAAAUAUCGGUGAAGUCGAGAAUCUAUUAUCGAAAGCGAAACUCCACUAUCAAAAGCGUCAGGCGUCGUUGGCUGCAGAUGAGCGAUCGCCAGAUGCUCCAUUCGAGCCUGAGGACUUCGAUCCUGCAUACGCCCGCAGUGAACAGGCUGCAAUGAACCUAUCGAAGUUAUUCGAAGAUGUGAUAGGCUGCGACGGGAUCAUCGAGAAGCUCGCGGGAUGGCAGAGAAUGUCAAGCAAUAUGAAGGGUAUUGGAAGAAAUCCUCGCGACAAUGUUCCAACCAAUUUUAUCUUCAAAGGACCCCCAGGGACUGGAAAGACCACCACCGCCAGAAAAAUGGGUCAGGUAUACUACGACAUGGGGUUCCUUUCAUCGGACGAGGUCGUUGAAUGCUCAGUUUCGGACUUGGUCGGCCAGUACGUUGGACAAACUGGACCCAAGACAAGACAGGUAUUCGAGAAAGCGCUCGGCAGGGUAUUAUUUAUCGACGAAGCAUAUCGCCUAGGAGAAGGCCACUUUGCGAAAGAGGCGGUCGACGAGGUGGUGGAUAUUUUGACUCAGGAGAAGUUUCGCGGGAAGCUCAUCACCAUACUUGCUGGCUACGACCAAGAGAUGAAUCAGCUGUUGGCCGUGAACAGUGGUCUGGCCAGCCGGUUUCCCGAAGAAAUCCGGUUUACCAAUAUGUCCUCGGAGCACUGUCUCGACAUCCUUACGAAGAAGCUGGCAAAGCAGGACAUCCGGGUGAACGGCCUAGAAGACCGCAAAUCUGCAGAGUACCUGCGUAUGGCCGACGUCGUGAACCGGCUGCGAAGCCUGCCGUCUUGGGGGAAUGCGCGCGACAUGGAGACACUGGCCAAGCAAAUGACCAGCAUCGUCUUCUCCUCUACACCUCUUCAGCCUUCUGUCGUCCCUCCUACGCCUGCUUCGACCGCCAGUAAAGCGGCCACAUUCGUUCUGGCUGACGGAGACGCCCUGAAAUGCAUGGAGAAGAUGCUCUCUGAUCGGAAAGAGCGGCUGGUGAAUGUUCCACAUGCGCGGCGAGCCGACUCGCCUGAUAUGCCCAUGAUGUCGCAAGACCGUUCUGCACCACCGCCGCCUCCAGCCGAGACUGUCAGCACUGCAGCGAAAGCGACCGCCAAGCCGCCUUCUAAGCCGCCUGCUCCUCGGGCACAGAGCCCUAGGGAUUUCAUGAGGGGUAACCGGCGUACGGGGAGAGGCCGCAAUCAACAGCCUGAACAGCGAGCCACGGUCACCCAGGAUAGCUCGAAUGACGGGCGUCGCAAUCCUGCGUUCCCAACCACAGCCACAAUUCCUAUAGAUACAGCCGGUCGCGAUCCGGGCGUCUCAGACCAUGUCUGGCGUCAGCUGCAGAUCGCAAAGCAAGCUCAGGAGGGAGAGCGAAGACGAGCGGAAGCUGCAUUGAGGCAUCUUGAGAACCAGAGAAGGGCAGCCGAGCGCAAGGAGAGGGAGGCGCGGGAGGCAGCUGCUAGGCUGGAGAGGGCCGCGAGGGCCGCAAGGGAGGAGAAGGAGCGCGAGGAGCUGAUGCGGCGCCGGGAGCAGGAAAGGCUGCGGGAGAUAGCGCUGCGGCAGGAGCAGGCACGUUUGGAAGCGCUGAAGCUGGAGGAGGAGCGAAAGCGCCAGGAAGAGGCCCGAGCACAGCAAAAGCUGCGGAAUAUGGGCGUUUGCGUUGCAGGGUUCCAGUGGAUCAAAGUUGGGGGAGGCUAUUGCUGCGCGGGAGGCUCGCACUAUGUCAGCAAUGCCCACCUGGGGAUCUGA